CUGCUAGCUGGGAAAGAGGGGUUUUCUGACGGCUGUCCCUGCAGUGCCGCCGUGGUCACUCUCGUUCUACCUGCCCUUUUCCACUUCGGGCAGGGGGAGGCAAAGGUUUGUUUUUCCUCCUUUGAAAAAAGAGGGGAAUUAUCUAGAUUCGGGGGACGCUGCGGCAGAGACCACAACCGCAGGGGCGCGAUGGUUUGCGGCGGCUUCUCUUGUUCCAAGAAUUGCCUUUGUGCGCUCAACCUGCUUUACACGUUGGUCAGCCUGUUGCUGAUUGGAAUUGCAGCUUGGGGCAUUGGCUUUGGCCUCAUUUCCAGUUUCCGGGUCGUUGGAGUAGCAGUGGCAGUUGGAAUCUUUCUGUUCCUGAUUGCUCUGGUGGGAUUGAUUGGGGCCAUCAAACACCACCAGGUCUUGCUUUUCUUUUAUAUGAUUAUACUCUUGCUAGUGUUUGUUAUACAGUUCUCCGUCUCAUGUGCUUGUCUGACAUUGAAUAAAGAACAGCAGAACAAACUUCUAGAGGUUGGGUGGAACAACACAAACAAUGCAAGGCAGGAUAUUCAGCGGAAUUUAAACUGUUGCGGCUUCUAUAAUGUCAGUGAUGAUAUCUCUUGUUCUGCUGAAUGUUUUGAAACACAGAUCUGUAAACCCUGUGCACCUAUAAUUAAGGAAUAUUCUGGAAUGGUCUUGAGAUUUGUAGGAGGUAUUGGUCUCUUCUUUAGUUUCACAGAGAUCCUAGGAGUGUGGCUUACUUACAGAUACAGGAAUCAGAAAGAUCCACGUGCAAAUCCUAGUGCAUUUCUUUGACCUGGAAAUGUUUUCAGGGACUAAAAUUUUUUCCCCUUGUGGUUUUAAAAAGCUGAAUUCUCCACUGAUCUGUCUACUCUCCAUGUUAAUUGGGGGGCGUGUGCCUUUGAGCUAAGAAAAUAGAUCUAGAACUGCUUUUCAUCCUGUUUUCUAGUGUUCUUUGAAGGAAAUAGCCUGAAGUGCUCGUUGUCAAUUGUAUAACUAAACAGAAUAUGAAUUCUGUAGGAAUGUAGUGAUCCAGUAGAAUUAUUCAUGGUGUUAUUUUUAAUUUAAGGAAGGAUUUAUUUGGUCUAAUAUAUUUCAUUUGUCAUAAUUUCUUUCUUUGAUCUAUUUCUUCCUCCUUUUUGAAAGACUAAUUUACUGGCUUCAGUGCAUUUCAUUUAAAAUAUGUUAAAGAAAUUGUGCUAUUGUUUCUGAAACUGGCAUUAAUUUAGAAGAAACCCUUCAAAUAAUGACUUGAUAAUUGAAAACUAAUCAUUUUUAAUGAUUGGGGAUUAUACCUAUCAACUCCUCUCCAAUUUUUGGAUCUGUUUAAGAUAGAAAUGCAAAUCAGUUCAGUAUUGUCCAUUAACUUCAGUCGUGGCUAUAUCAGUAGUGAUUCUCUUUAAGCUCAAAAACAGAUUAUGUCUAAAUCAACUAAUUUACCUCAGCUCUAAAAGACAUAAAAUCAUU